GUACUCUACACACUGCUUAACAGAAACUUGUCCCAUCCUGCCUGAGCAUUAGCAUAGCUUCAAAGAUGCCUCAGUUGCUGCAAAACAUCCAUGGGAUCAUCGAAGCCUUCGGGUGCUAUGCCAGGUCAGAGGGUGGCUGCAAAGUACUCACGAGGCAGGAGUUGAAGAGGCUCCUGGAACAUGAGUUUGCUGACGUCAUAGUGAAGCCCCAUGAUCCUGCAACUGUGGAUGAAGUCCUGCGCCUGUUGGAUGAAGAUAACACAGGGACUGUAGAGUUCAAGGAAUUCCUAGUCUUGGUGUUUAAAGUUGCACGGGCCUGCUUUAAGACACUGAAUGAGAGUCCUAAGGGUGCUUGCAUAUCUGGCAAGUCUGAAAGCUGCUAUCCUGGAUCUUCAAAAGAGCUGGAACAAAGACAGAGAGGUGGUGCUGAAAUGGCAAAAGACGGAGCAGCACAGCACUGUGAAGACAGCAGCUGUGGACAGAGAGAUCAGGUUUCUAGAGGACAAGACAGGGUUGGGACACAUACCCAGAAUCAGGACAGCUACCCUACACAGGUCAGCAGUCAUGACAGGCAGACUGAGUCUCAGACACAGGAGAUGAUAAGCCAGCAAACACAAGUGGCAGAACAGGUGGAGCAGACCCCAAGAAUAGAAGACAAAUGUUGGACCAGACAGAAGAGGUCAGAGAGGCAACCACAGAUUAGCCAACAGACAGAUGAGAUCACAACUGGAUCCACAUCUCAGACCCAAGCAGGUAACUUCUACACACAGGGGUCUACCUGUGACUAUAACAGAGGAACUAACAGUCAUCACCAAGACAGAAGCCAUGCAGACAGAGCUUCUACACAACACUACCAGACACAGGCAGGGUCUCAUACUCAGAUACACACACAGAUGGAAGAACAGGCCUGGGGGCAGCAAACAGGAAGUGACAGCAUCCAGACACAGGGGUCUAUCUACGACCAGAGCAGAGAGACUGUGAUUCAUGGCCAAGACAGGAACCAGUCAAGCCAGAGUGUUAAAGAACACCAUCAGGCACAGGCAGAGUCAUAUACUCAGACACAUACUCAGACAACGGAACAAGGCAGGAGCCAGCAGGCAGAAAAUAGUAGCACCCAGACUCAAGGGUCCAUGUAUGGCCAAAACAGAGAGACUGAGAUCGAUGGGCAAGAAAGCAGUCAGGCAGAACAGGUGGGGACAAGACACUACCAGACACAGGCAGGAUCAUAUACCCAGACUUUGGAACAUGAUGGGAGCCAGUCUGCACAUCAAUUUGUGGCUCAAGAAAAGGAACAGACACAGAUAAAGCCAUGCAUGGGGCAAAGCUGGACACCGGUAAGCAACUAUGAGACAGAAGAGCCAGUGAUAGGAGGACAGGUCCAGACUGAGACAGACACUGUUAUAAAGAAUCACCCAAGCCCGACAGCCAGGCAGGUAGAGAGAGUACCCACAGUAGUUAGAGAGGAGUGGGUCAAUGACCACACAAGGGAAAUAGUAAUCCGAAGCCAGGAUCCAGGUAGCCUGCACUCUGGUACUCCUUCAGCUCAGGGCCAGGAUAUACCCCAGAAUGAGAAGAAAGGAAUCACAGCCAAGGGACUAUAUACCUACUUGAAGACAGAGCAGCCAUGA